UUAUACUGUACGAAGCCAAAUACUUACCAGUGCGUGUUUCGAACAAAAUCAUGUCAUAAAACUUUAGACUCCAUCACGCCGUUAUAUGAACUCUUCUCACUUAAAUCUAACUAUGUGACUGCAACCUUCCCUCCCGGCCUCGAAACCUAAUGCUCCUCCGAUUCAAGUCGUUGUAGCGUUGAACCCCCGGACCUCCGGUCUCCGAUCCCCGGCCGCCCGCCCCGCCCUUAUCUCCUAACCCGUCACUAACGUCAUCACCGGUCAUGGUGACAACAAUGGCGUAACACACGUCAUUCCCCUAAACCAUUCAGACGACAACAACGCACUCCUUGAAGGUCCUUGGAUCAUGUAAUGUUAUUGACUUUCUAGCGAUUCUGUCACACUCGUUAAGCCCGAAUGCCAUGAAUUCUCCACCGCAGACUUCCGGCUCCGGCAGCGCCGCUUCCGGUCCGUCCUCUGACCUCUGUGACGACACGCCUUUCACUUCAGAGGAGACGCCCUUACUUGCUGGGUCAAGCUCGAGCUCGAGGUCCAGCUCGGCAGUAAGGUUGAGUACGCAGAAGGAUAGCAAUUCUUGUCAUGUCGAGACUCAAUCCAAAGCCCACAUCCCGCUUACGAGAGGAAUUGCGAUAGGAGUGAGCUUGUGGCUCCUCAUCUUCUUAACAGGUCAGAGAUCUAUUCAUCAUCGCAUGCAACAUGUCUGGUAUGACUCUGAUUCAGGGCGCCAUUGCAUCUCAACUUGGUUCCCACGGCUCGUCUGCCAUGUGGUUCACCAGUGCCUACCUCAUUCCCAUGUCUUCUCUCGCUCCUGUAGCAGGGCGCUUGGCAACCAUCUUCCCACCUAGGAGUCUUAUUCUCCCCAUUGCGGCUCUCAUAGCCACUGGCGGACUGAUCUGCGCCCUCUCGACUUCGUUUGGUACGUUUGUUGCCGGCCGGGUCAUUGCAGGCACAGGUGGUGCUGGGGUUUUGUCACUCGCCAUUAUUAUUGGGCUGGAGUUGGCCAGCGAGAAGUCGAGAGGUCUUGUGCUAGGCUUGAUUAACGCGGGCUUUACUGCUGGUGUUUCCUUUGGUGCUAUCGUAUUCGGGGGUCUGAUGCCAAUUGUGGGAUGGAGGCCACUAUUCUGGGGACAAAUCCCUUUCGCUUUCGCCACAGGCUUGGGAGUAUUUAUCAAUAUACCCGCUGCAGCAGAAGCACACGAUACCGAGACGUCUACGAGACAGAAGCUCGUGCGAAUCGACUAUCUUGGGGCUGGUCUUUUGACCACGUCUAUUGUACUGUUUCUUUACGCAAUCGCAGAUGAAAUCCAAACAGUACCCCUGUGUGUCGCACCCGUCAUCCUUCUGCUAUUCCUCGCAGUUGAGAACUACCUGGUAGCGAAUCCCAUCAUACCCGUCAAGGUUCUCUCUUCGUGGGGUAUCCUAUUCUCAUGUUUCGCACAGCUGGGUCUUAUGAUAGCCCGUUGGAGCGUUUUGUUCUACGCGCCCAUAUUCAUGCUUGCGGUCCGAGGCUCCUCUCCGGCAGCUGCAGGCUCCAUUCUCAUUCCUACAAAUGUAGGAUUUGGUCUGGGUGGCAUCCUCGUCGGCUGGCUUCAUGUGCGCCGAGACGGUGCUUUUUGGCUCCCCUCCAUUUCAGCCCUUGCCAUCUUCACUGUGAGCACCUACGUGCUCUCUCUCAUUAGCACCACGAGUCUCCCUCUUGCUCUCUUCAUCGUAGUCGUGCUGAUCAACGGCCUUGCGACGGGUGGAGGAGUCAACUACACCCUUGCGCAUAUUCUGCACCUCAGCCAUGAUGAUACCCGAUACAUCGCCACCAGUCUGCUGGGUACGUUCCGAGGCUCGGGUUCAAGCUUCGGUACUGCGGUGGCAGGGGGUAUCUUCUACCGCUUACUCAGAGGAAAUCUUGUGUCGGGGUUUCUCCAGCUGGACGGUGGCGAGCAUCUGAGUCAUGCUCGACAGCGACUGAUAUCUAGCUUGGUUAACACGCCAGGGUUGGUGCACGGCGGUGACUUGAGUCCGGCAGAGCAGAACAUUGCGACAGAAGGCUAUGCCGGCGCUACGAGAGGCGUCUGGCAGGCCAUGGCCACGCUGGGUGGCGUGGUCGUUUUGUUUCAAGCUCUGACAGGAAAGAAAGCGCCUGAAGAUAGGCGGGAAGAUGAGCGGCCAGACGAAGAAGCAGCAAGGGCUGUUGUAGCUGAGAACGAGGGUGUCGGUGAAGCGUGAGGCCAAGGCCAAAGCGAAGGUGUUGAACUAUCAAGAUAGAGUUUGAAGUAUUUUUGGAUACUUUGGGGGGAUGUUUCGAGAGGUUUUACGGAUACAGUACGUUAUGUAUGUCAGUUCAUGACGCCAUGACAGACAAGGCGUUUGUUUAUACCUUGGACAGCAAACGUAUAAAACUCUACCUGCAUGUUACAGGUUCAACCGAUAGUGUGUUCCGAAACAUUGUUUACAGUCUGGCAUUGGCCAACAAAGUACCUAAUCUUUGCAGUAGGGAAACGGUGACUCGAGCUAGUAAAACAGUCCAGUGCCAGAGCUACAACUUUGUUGUGGUGACGAUCACCACCGUGCGUAUGUUAGUCAGUUAUCAACUUCUCAUGAGGGAUCAAACAUGGGAGUUUCACGAGUGGUCACGGUGCUUUUAUUUUUAUGCUUGGUCUAUGCAUAUAUAUAGUAAGAAGUUUGAAAGCAAA